AGCAAGUAUUUCAAAAUGCUAACAAAAAAGUGAGUAAAUAAAACAUUUUGGAAACUUAAAAAAUAAUGAUACUUUUAUUGUUUUUUUUAUGUUUGACAACUGCUGCAAGAUAUAAACCUCGAUGCUAUUUAGAUUUCUCGUUUUCAAAAGAUAUUAAUCAACAAAAAUCAUCAAACAAAAUAUCAUGGGAAAGAAAAUGCUCACAAAACGUUGAGAGUAUCUGCACCAAAAAUAUUACUGUUGCUUACUUUAGUAUGCCUCCAUUUACAGAUAACAAUACUUUCGGAGCCAAUAACUGGCCUGGAGUAAUUCUAACGCAAAUUAUAUCAGCUGCCUUAUCACAAUGUUGUGGAAGCUGUUUGCAGAUAACAUUUAAUAAGUUGGAAAAUCAGUCUCAAUUAAUUUCCAGUAACAACAAAUAUAACAUUGAUAUUAUUUUUCCAAUAUUUACACAAAAAGCGUUAAACAGAGUUGAAAGUUUUUCAACCAUUCCUGUUAUAAAAAUUUCAGCAGCUAUGUUUUUUACAAAACUAAACAUUCUUCCAACAAUGUUUGCACAAGAUAUAUUCCGUGCUAUUUAUAGUUUGUGGCCUUUGUUUGGUAUAUCAACAAUGUUAGCAUAUGUGGCGGGAGUGAUAAUUUGGUUUUUAGAUACCUGGUAUAAUAAAGAGCAGUUACCAAGACGAUUUAUACCAGGAUCUUUUGAAGGAUUUUGGUGGGCCUUUGUCACGAUGGUAGCAGUUGGCUACGGUGAUAUUGCACCAAGAGGAGUAAUAGCAAAGCUCUUUGCAAUGUUUUGGAUAUUGUGUGGUGUUACCAUAACUUCAUUUAUGACGGCAGGUCUAACAAAUGUAGUAUUUGAAGUAACAGACCGAUAUUUACCCUCCGUAUACAGCGGUGAUAUAGGCGUAUUAACUAACCACAUUUUUGAGAAAGAGCUUCUUCUGAAAGGAAAUGCAAAGCAACAUUCAAUGAACACAAUUAAUGAGUUAAUCUAUAGCUUAAAUAACAAAAACGACCAACCAAUUAGUGGUUUUGUGUUAGAUUCGUAUAGUGCAAAAAAUUAUUUUCAAGAACAAAUUUCUAAUAGUAAUUUUUUUAUUAGUGAUAUAAUCCAAGAUGUCGACCAAUCUUAUUACGGUGUUGGAAUUAACGAUGUGCAUCUAAACGAUUUGGUCAUUGAGUAUAUUGAUUUUCAGAAAGAUAAAAUUGAUGAAUUUGUUCAUGAUAUGUUUAACAACUUUAUUGAAACAUCGAGCCCUAUAAUUCAGUCAAAUCUUUUGUUUACGACUCAAUCAGGAAUCUUUAAAUAUGUGCUUAUUGUGUCUGCGUGCUUGAUUACAAUAUUGUUUGCGUUCGGUGCAGUAUUUGAACUAUGUUUAAUAAAAUCAAAGAACUCAAAAAUUAACUCAAGCUUAAAUAUAACAGUGUAUGUUGAGGAAAAAAAAAAAAUUGAAAAAGAAAUGAAAUUAAUGGCUAAAAAGUGGCAAAAAAAGCUCAAGACUAAACUAACUAAUUUUAUUGUUGACGGAACAUUUAAAAUACAACAUGACCAAAAACCGACUAUUUUCUUGAAAAUAAAAGAUGAAAAAGUUUCAAAAACAGAAGAAAAAGAAAUUUUUACAGUUAAAACAAAUUUACCAUUAGUCAAAAUGGAUAAAAAAACAUUUAAAAGCAAAAACGCUAAUGUUGUAAAUCAAAAUGGUUUCUGUGAUUAUAUAAGCAAGGAAACAGAAGCUAUAAAAAAGCUAAGGCCUUUGCCUCGAUUACAAGUUGACGCUUGAUAAUAAUAAACCUUAAAAAAGAUUUUUUACUUUACUAAUUUAUAAUUUUACUUAGCUCAGUACUCAAUACCUAAAAUAUUGAUUUUACUUUACGUUAAUUUGCGCUUAUAUAAACGUAUACACUAAACAUUUAUAUUUUUAUACUUAUAUCAAAAAAGGAUGAUCUGCUAAAAUAAAUGUCAUAUAAAUUAUAAUAUAAAU